AUGGCAAAUUUUGGAGCUCGUCACGCAAUCUGCGAAGACACCAUCGCGCGAUCCCCAUCUAUUGCAGCAUCAACACCAGGCGGCUCCCUCACCAGCUACUUCAUCCCCUCCCAACUCCCGCCUCUUUCUAAAACAUCCCCCAAAUAUCCAAACCUUGCGCUGCAAACACCCCCAACAAUCUACAACAGCGACUCCUUCGCCCUCGCGCGAAUACUCCCCGGUAGCGGAAAAAUCGGCGUCCUAAACCUAGCCUCCGACAUAGAACCAGGCGGCGGCUGGCGCUACACGCUUUCGCGAACGCAAGAAGAGGCCUUGUGCUACUCUAGCACGCUGUUCGCUACUUUGAAGCCGGAAUGGUACCCCUGGCCUAAUACGGGACAAGGGUCUAUUGCAGGCGUCAUGUCCCCCGACGUGGUCGUCUUCAGGGACACGCUAGAUAAUGGGCUCGCCGAGUUGCCUGUAGAUCAGCGCCAUGUCGUGGCUGUCAUGACGGUUGCGGCGCCGUGUCUACCCGCUGUUACGGAGGGAAGAAAGGGUUUUGUUAAGAUGGAGGAUUUGGAAAAUUUGAGGGAGAAGAUUCUGUUGGUAUUGAGGAUGGCUGCGGGAGAAGGGGUUACGAGGCUGGUGCUGGGUGCUAUGGGUUGCGGUGCUUAUAGGUGUCCGCCUCGAGUUGUUGCAAAGGAGAUGAAGAUGGCUUUGGAGAGUGAGGAGUUCGCAGGGUGGUUCGAGCAUAUCGCUUUUGCUGUCUAUGCUGCUGGACCAAUCGGGCAGACUAACCUGGAGGUUUUUCGGGAAGUCUUUGCAUUCGAAGUCAUGUGA